GUCCUGAUAACAGUGGAGGACGCGGUGCGGCACACAUAACAUGUUGUGUUUGGGGGCUGCGGGGAGAGUUGGAGUACUGAGAAUGGAGCCGCCGCUUUCACCGCUUCCACGCUUCCUCUGCUGACGCCAAACAAACACAGCUGACACACACACAUGCUGCUGAGGAGAUGACCCAGGAGGAGGAGGAGAAAGAUGCUGUCCUGGAACCCUGAAGACGACACUGAAAAACCAGGUGAGGAUGAAGAAGAGAAAGAGAAGGAGCCCAGCUCAGAUGCUCCUCUUCCUCCCGCUACCAUGGAAACCCCAAACAGCGCCGCCGCCGCCGCCACUGGUUCCCGGGCCGGGGCGGUGCGCGGCCGGGACAUCAGCUCGGACUCCGGUGAGGAGGUGAGCUCCGCGCUGUCGGACUCCAACAGCGAGGCAUCGCCAUGGCAGCAGAGGGAGGAGGAGGAGGGGGAGCAAGAUGAAGAGGAGACGCAGGCGGUGGCGUGCUCCCCCGAUGGCCGAUUCCUCAAGUUCAACAUCGAGAUCGGACGGGGAUCCUUCAAGACCGUCUACAAAGGACUGGACACGGAGACCACGGUGGAGGUGGCCUGGUGUGAGCUGCAGACGCACCGGCUGACUAAAACGGAGCGCCAGCGGUUCAGUGAGGAGGUGGAGAUGCUGAAAGCUCUGCAGCAUCCCAACAUCGUUCGAUUCUACGACUCCUGGAAGUCUUCGCUGAAGGGACACAAAUGCACCAUCCUGGUGACGGAGCUCAUGACCUCCGGGACCCUCAAAACGUAUCUGCGUCGGUUCCGCCAGAUGAAGCUGAAGUUGCUGCAGCGCUGGAGCCUCCAGAUCCUGAAGGGGCUUCAGUUCUUGCACUCUCGCAGCCCCCCGAUCCUGCACCGGGACCUCAAGUGUGACAACAUCUUCAUCACUGGGCCCUCUGCUUCCGUCAAGAUCGGAGAUCUGGGUCUGGCCACGCUCAAGAAGGCCUCGUUCGCCAAGAGCGUCAUCGGGACUCCGGAGUUCAUGGCUCCAGAAAUGUACGAGGAGAAGUACGACGAGGCGGUGGAUGUUUAUGCGUUCGGCAUGUGCAUCUUGGAGAUGGCAACAUCUGAGUAUCCAUACUCUGAGUGUUGGAACGCCGCCCAGAUCUAUCGCAAGGUCACUCUGGGAAUCAAACCAGACAGUUUCUCUAAAGUAAAAGUACCGGAGCUGAAAGAGAUCAUUGAGGGCUGCAUACGGACCAAGAGCAGUGAGAGGUUCACGGUUCAGGACCUCCUGGAUCACCGGUUCUUCCAGGAGAAACUCGGCGUGCACGUGGAGCUCGCGGAGGACGACGACACCUUCAAGUCAGCGCUGAAGCUGUGGCUGCGGAUGGACGGCGACAAGAAGCUUCAUGGGAAAUACAAGGACAACAAGGCCAUCGAGUUCCUGUUUGAGUUGUACAAAGAUGUUCCUGAGGAGGUGGCCCAGGAGAUGGUCGUCCUUGGCUUUGUGGCCGAGGCGGAUUACAAUCUGGUGGCCAAGGCCAUCCGGAACCAAGUGAUGACCAUAAAGCGGCAGCGAGAGAAACGGCGCCACCUCCUGGAUGAGACUCGGCGACACAAAGAAGAGGCGGUCAUCGAGGAGGAGCCUCAUCCUGCCCCCCAACCGAAUGAACCGUCCAAUCAGAGGCACGAAGGUUCUGCAAGUGCGUCCAGUCAGGACCCAGACUCGGUCCCUCCCUGGAAACAAGCCCCGCCCCCGACAGCCACGACAUCCACAGCGCUGCUGCAGAGCAGCAACGUGCCGGACAGUGGGAUCAGCAGCAUGACCAGCAGGGAUGGAGAAUCUGAGGAGGGAGACAACAGUAUGACACAACCUACGCCCGGCUCAUCAGUCUCCUCUGACCUCGAGACGGACGUUUCCUUCAGCUUGACUGGUUUCCCGGAGAAAAAGGAAGCCCCGCCUCCUCCUGUCUCAAACCCCGCCCCCUCUCCCGUGGUUCCACAACCCAGUCCUCAGCCUCUGACUCCGCACCCUCUGUUACGUAACCAUUCCAAAGUCCCGCCCCUCCCCAUUCUGCGCUUCCCCAAGAGCAUAGCUGUGUCCCAAGGUGCCGAGCGGCCGUCACAGGAGACAAUCUCUGGAUUCUCUUCACCUGUGGACAGCUACACCUCCGACGUGACCUCGGGUCUGAGCGACGGCACCGACAGCCUUUCCGAUCUGGGCACGCAGGAGGGGACCACGAGGGCCGCCAUGAAGCAUUUCAGGAGGAGAGCCAGAGCUCGACUGAGGAUCAUAGGGGUGUCCCACAUGGGGGACCGGGUGGUGGAGUGUCAGCUGCAGACUCACAACAGUAAGAUGGUGACAUUUAAGUUUGAUCUGGACGGAGACAAUCCGGAGGACAUCGCGUCCGUCAUGCUCCACAGAGACUUCAUCUUGCCAUCAGAGCGGGACGGUUUCAUCCUCCGCAUGUAUGAUAUCAUCAGGAGGGCGGAGUCCAUGAUGCACAGGCAGCACUGGUCCGACAGCAACAGGUCGUCCCCCCUGACUGACUCACAGUCCAACCUGUCAGCUGAGAGUCUCUCCAGGAGUUUGUCCUCGUCCUCUUUGCCGGAUGUUGAUAAAGUCGACCACUCGCCACUGAAGAGCGCCGACUACAACGCCCACCCUGAGGCCACAUCCGCCCCCUCCCCGCCGUGGUCAGAGUCCUCCUCCACCUCACCAGUUCCUCACCACCCCCCUCAGCACUCCACCUCAGACUCACACACCACUUCACCAUCCCGCCUCCACCCUGCACCUCCUUCUCAGCCGACCUCUGAGCCCUACUCUACCUACACAGCUUCCUUCCCCGUCCACAGUCCUGUUCCCCAGCUUCCCCGAGUCCACAGUUCUCCUUCUUUCUAUGCUAUUUCUUCUUCUUCCUCAGCAUUUUCUUCUCCUUCACCCCCUCCUCUACAUAUACCUCCUCCUCCUCCCCCUCCUCCCCCACCACCUCCUCCUCCUCCUCCUCCCCCUCCUCCUCAGUGGAUUUCUCCAGACCAACCUCUUUUCUCUCUUGCAAAUGUUUUCUCUCUGGCCAUGAGCGUCGCUCAUUCCUUGAUUCCCCAACCUGGUGCCAACAACCCAGGUUUUCAACCCCACCCACAGCCCCUCUCUUCGCUCUUCUCCUCCACACAGGCCCCCUAUACUCCCCCCAUGUCUCCAUCUUUGGUUCCUAAUUUUCCUCCUCCAAACUACCCCCCUUUAUCCUCUCUGUUCUCUCCCCAACCACCCUACACCCCCGUCACACCUCAGAUAAAUACUCCUACUGUGGACAGCCAGCAGGGGGCGCCACCUAACCAGACUCCUGAUACCCAACAGCAUCACAGUCCAGAUCAGCAGGCGUUAGUCUCAGCUCUGCCCCCUCCUGGUUCACAGACUGUAAGCAGUGAUCCCAGCUCCAGAGGGGAGCUGUCUGACUCCUCCACCUCCUCCACCUCCUCCACUUCCUCCACCUCCUCCACCCCCUCCCCAGUGUUUCUACAGAAAAGAAUAUCUGCAACUCCCUCCCCACCUCCCAAGUUGAGUCCACCACCAGGUGAAGUGAAAGAAGCUCCAGUCUUGUCGGUCGGUCGUUUCCAGGUGUCGGCCGCCAAAGACCUACCCGGGGUCCAUCCUCAGGAUCCCCGUUCCAUAAGUCGGACAACACCCACCGCCCACUCCCCACCUCCAAAAAGACAGAGCCAAUCAACGACGAGCUCAGAGAGCAGCACGUCGGAGGACAGCGAAUCAGCAAGCAGUGUCAACACAGUGACAUCACCUGGCUCGUUUCUUGGUUACCAUGCCAACCGCAGUGGUUCCGAUAGGGAGGCAAGGAAGGAGGAGGAGGAGGAAGAGGAGGAGGAAGAAGAGGAAGAGAAAGAAGAGGAGGAGAAGAGAGGGAGAAUCAGCAGCAAGCUGAAUGUUAGUCUGUGGGAGGGGCAACCCGGCAGCCAAUCAAAAGGCCGCUCCUCCACAUUCAGCUCGGACGAAUCAGAGAACGAGAAGGAGGACACGUGGGAGGAGCUACAAGAGCUUCGUGAAAGGCACUUGGCGGAGGUUCAUGACCUGCAGGUCAGUCAGAAACGAGAGAUCGAGGAUCUCUAUCGGAAGAUGGGAAAAGUCCCACCGCCAGGCAUUGUCCCUCCGGCCGCCAUGUUGAACCACCGCCAGCGGCGCAUCUCCAUAUCAGGAGUCUAUCCUCUACCCCGAAGGAACAGCCUGCAGAGGCUGGAAAUGCUGCACCCUACAGGCAUCAUGAGGAAGAGUUCGGUGAGCGGCGGCAGCAGCAGUGGAUCUCAGGACCGACCUGGGAAAGGCGUGACCUUUGCCCCUGAACACAUGUGAGAGUCCGGUUGCAGACGAUGAAGAAGUGACGAAGAAGAAGAGGAUUCUCAGUGAGACAUUUGGACUUGAGAUCUUUCAAUAGUUGUCUUAAUGUUUUUGCACUUUAUGGUGAAACUUCCUGUUGGACGAGUCUGUUCUCGGCAGCUUUGACUGAUUCAACCACACUUAAAUUCACAGCUUUGCAGGUUAAUUUGACUGUGACCAUGAACACGACCUUCACUGUCACUGAGCUCAUCUGACCUGUGCGAUACAGUCUCAGAUAAGGCGUACCUUCAGCUUGACUUCAACUAAACACUGUUCUAAUAGAAAUUCAAUCCAAAUUCAGUCCAAUUUAAAGUCAAAUUUGGGAAAAUUUUAGCCGGACUUCAUCGACACAGAACUCGCAGCAGCGGUGACUUAUUACAAACAAAUAAUCUUACUCAGGGUGCCUUCACUUUUCUUUGUUGUUUUUUUUUCUUUCUUCUUUUUAAUGUAUAUUUGGAGUCCCACAUUAUUUAUGUGAGUAUGCAUUGAACCUGUCACACUUUCAAAGUGAAAGUUUCAGACCACAAAAUGUGACGUUAAAUGUUUUUUUUUUUGUUUUUUUUUUAAAAACCCAUACAGUAUUUAGCCAGCCACAGUGUUUUCAAAAUUAAAGACACUUUUUUUACACACUGAAUCCUGAAAUCUCGCUUGGCUAAAGGAACUCUAAAAUGCAGCUCUACUACAGACUGCUGUCAACAUGCUUCCCGUUAUUCACGAUGUACAUGACUGUUUUCCUGCUGCACUGACCUGAAUUUUGACCCACAUGUUUGUUUUUGACAGAUCUGUGCUUGAAUAAAGUCCUCCUGAUAAAUGUGAAAUAUAUACAUCUAUACACAUCUGUGUGUGUGUGUGUGUGUGUGUGUGUGUGUGU